AUGGCCCCGAGGAUUGAGCUUCACGAGAUGAACCAUGAGAUGCGUGAAUGGUCUUGUCCCGUGCCAUUGUACCGUGGCGGCGACAGACGGCGGCCGGCGGUGGAGCUAGGUUUUCCGGCGAUGAGGUUUUCCCAAAUUAAUAGUAGAUCGGUGUGUGGUGGAGUGUUUGGUAAAGAAUGCCCCAAGAAUUUUCGAGUUUUGAUGGAAUGCGGAGGCGGAAUGGCCGUUUUACAAUUUUCCGGCGAGGGUGGGAAUGUGGCGGCAGUUGCUGUUCCCGGCGGAGAAAUGGGUGGGGGGGGGGGGGUUCGGAAUUAG